AUGUCCCGGCAGUCUGUCUGCAGAAGCUUUGGAGGCGGGAGUAGAAGGGGCUACAGCUCUUGCUCUGCCAUCGGUGGUGGCUUUGGAGGAGGUGGCGGCAGGAGCAGGAGCAGCUACAGCUCAUUCUCUAUGUCCAGGGGAUUUGGAGGUGGUGGACGUUGUGGAGGGUUUACCAGCAAGAGUCUCCAUAGCAUGGGUGGCGGUGGAAGGAUUUCCAUGGGUGGAUGUUAUAGUGGUGGAGGCUACGGAGGCAGGAUGGGUGGCUUUGGUGGAGGCUACGGAGGCAGGAUGGCUGGCUUUGGUGGAGGCUACGGAGGAGGACUAGGCGGCUUCGGUGGAGGAAUGGGCGGCGGAGCAAUGUGUGGCUAUGGCGGAAUGGGUGGUGGAGGAGGAAUGGGCGGCUUUGGUGGAGGAAUGGGCAGUUAUGGUGGAGGAAUGGGCAGUUAUGGUGGAGGAAUGGGUGGCUUUGGUGGGCCAGGCUUUGGCUUGCCAGCCUUUGGUGGCCCCGGUAGAGGUGGCCCUGGAAUCCAGCCGGUGCAGAUUGACUCAACCCUCCUACAGCCGGUCCACGUUGAGAUCGAUCCCCAGAUCCAGCAAGUCAAAAACCAGGAGAAGGAGCAGAUCAAGACUCUUAACAACCAAUUUGCCUCCUUCAUUGACAAGGUCCGCUUCCUGGAGCAACAGAACAAGGUCCUCUCCACCAAGUGGGAGCUCCUCCAACAGCAAGGACCUUCGGGUCCGAGGAAGAACCUCGAUGUCAUCUUUGAAAACUACAUCCAGAACCUGCGGCGGCAGCUGGACUCAAUCAUGGCCCAGAGGGGACAGCUGGAGUCCGAGCUGCAGAACAUGCAGCAGUAUGUCGAAGAUUACAAAACCAAGUAUGAGGAAGAGAUCAACAGGCGCACAACUGCCGAGAACGAGUUCGUGGUGCUCAAGAAGGAUGUGGACUGUGCCUACAUGACUAAAGCAGAGCUGGAAGCCAAGGUGGGAGCUCUGACAGAUGAAAUCAGCUUCCUGAGGUGCAUGUAUGAGGAGGAGUUGGCUCAGAUGCAGACCAUCAGCCGGGACCUGUCUGUGGUGGUGUCCAUGGACAACAACCGUCACCUGGACCUGGACAGCAUCAUCGAGGAGGUCAGGCGCCAGUACGAGCAGAUUGCUCAGAGCAGCAGAGCUGAAGCUGAAGCUUGGUACCAGAGCCAGUACGAACAGCUGCAGAGCACUGCUGGAAGGCAUGGGGACAGCCUCCGCAACACCAAGAUCGAGAUCCAAGAGUUGACCAGGAACGUCCAGAGGCUGCGGGCUGAGAUUGAGAGCGUGAAGAAGCAGAACCAGCAGCUGCAGGCAGCUAUUGCCGAGGCCGAGGAGAGGGGUGAGAUGGCCCUCAAGGAUGCCAGGAUAAAACUAGAAGAGCUGGAAAGUGCCCUGCAGAAAGACAAGGAGGAGCUGGCUCGCUUGCUGAAGGAGUACCAGGAGCUGCUGAACAUCAAGAUUGCCCUGGACGUUGAGAUUGCCAUGUACAGGAAACUGCUGGAGGGAGAGGAGAACAGGCUGUGCAAUGAUGGGAUGUCC